AUGAUCCUUAUGAGCCCAUGCCCUGUGUUUUGGGUUCCAGCUUCCAGAAGUCGAAAAGUCAUUUAUCGUGGACCUCAAUCGUACUCUGGCUAUCGGUACAGACAAACCCAACCGCAAAGAUAUCCUCAGCGUCCGAUUUACAAUCGGAGAGUGCCUAUCGAUGAUGUGAGGCUGUACGGGCGUCGUCGUAAUGAUCCACGCUAUCGGGAAGGUUUGAGCGAACUGGCCGGUUUGAUGGAUGACUAA